CUGUGCCCAGGUGCUCGGUGUCGCACUGCCCCGUGCGUCGUUGAUUGUAAAUAAACCGGCGGACCGCGGACGACCCCCGGCCAUCCAUCCAUCACGCCGAUUCAGUAGCCAGCCGUCGCGUUUCCAUUCGCAAACGCCUAAUAUGGUAGAGUGAUUCAGUGAUAUUAGACGGCGACCUUUUUUUUUCCCUCCGAUUCACGGCCAGUUCGCCGCGCUAUACAGCCGUUGUCCGCGCUUAAUAUCGUCUUCUCCCCCCGCGCCACGCCGUCGAACGACGUUCCGGUUAUCUUGUCCGUCUAUUUAUUUCAUUUUUUUUUUUCUUGUCAAUUUACUCGAUACGUUUCUGUAAUAGUUCUGUGAUUCGACUGAUCAACGGAAUCGCGAAUUUUGGUACUAUUAGAAUUCUCAUCCGCUUUACACAUACGUCGUCGCCACACGCCACUCACGGUUAACGCAAUAUAUACAUAUACAUAUUUUGCUGGACCGCCGUUGCUCCGUUUGCUGUAUCCGAGAUAACGCCAGAAAAAAAUCAAAUAUACAGAUUAUAUUAGGAGAAAUUCCCGUUGCAUGAGUCACCGAGAUGUCUUUUAAAGUAAGAAGUAGUAAGUUUCGUCAUGUAUACGGUACAGCUUUAAAACGUGAAUAUUGUUAUGACAAUAUUCGAGUAUCCAAAUCUUCUUGGGAUUCCACAUUUUGUGCAGUGAAUCCAAAAUUUAUGGCCUGCAUUGUUGAAUCAGCUGGCGGAGGUGCUUUUAUUGUUCUACCUCUUUCAAAGACUGGUCGAUUACCUGCUGAUCAACCUGUAGUUGGUGGUCAUAAAGGUCCAGUAUUGGACAUUGCAUGGUGUCCACACAAUGAUAAUGUGAUUGCUAGCGGUUCAGAAGAUUGUGUGGUAAAGGUUUGGCAAAUUCCUGAUGGUGGUAUUUCACGAACAUUAACUGAGUCAGUUGUAGAUUUAAUUUAUCACCAAAGGAGAGUUGGUCUGGUAUUAUGGCACCCAACCGCUCGAAAUAUUUUAUUAUCUGCUGGAUCGGAUAAUCAAGUAGUAAUCUGGAAUGUUGGCGUUGGUGAACCACUUAUUCAUAUAGAUUGCCAUCCAGAUAUCGUAUUUAGUGCUUCAUGGAAUUAUGACGGAUCACAAUUAUUAACAACAUGUAAAGAUAAAAAGCUGAGACUAAUUAAUCCUAGAAGUGGAGAAGUUGUACAGGAAGUAAUAUGUCAUGAAGGAAGCAAAGCAUCUCGAGGUAUAUUUUUAAAAGGAGGCCUCAUAUUUACCACUGGUUUUAGUAAACUUUCUGAAAGACAGUAUUCGUUGAGAUCCCCAGAAAAACUAGAUGAUCCUAUUGUUAUGGUUGAAUUAGAUACAAGUAAUGGAGUUAUGUUUCCAUUGUAUGAUCCUGAUACUAGUAUGAUUUACUUGUGUGGCAAGGGAGAUAGUGUAAUUCGAUAUUUUGAAAUUACUGCGGAACAUCCAUUUGUCCAUUACAUUAAUACAUUUCAAACGCCAGAUCCUCAACGAGGAAUUGGUAUGAUGCCGAAACGUGGUUGUGAUGUAUCUAUUUGUGAGAUAUCUAAGUUUUAUCGUUUAAAUAAUUCUGGACUGUGUCAAGCAAUUAGCAUGACAGUUCCAAGAAAGUCAGAGUUAUUUCAAGAAGACUUAUAUCCGGAUACUAUUGGAGAUAUUCCUGCAGUAGAUGCCGAAGAUUGGUUUAAUGGUCAAGAUGCUGAACCUAUUCUGAUAUCAUUAAAAGAUUAUCAUCAGCCAACACGAUUGCCCACUGCUUCUGAAAUGAAAGUGGCUAAAAAACCAAACAUAUUGGAUAAACCAUCAGCAAAUAAAACAGUCAAGUCCAGCUCAAACAAUACAACAACUGCAGCUCCUGUAGCUAAACCACAGUUUACUCAGCCACAACAAUCAAUUCCAGAUGAUAUCAUUAAAGAAUUUAAAGAGGAAAUUCGAAAGUUAAAAGCCAUGAUUGUAAAACAUGAAAACCGUAUUAGAGCUUUAGAAGCUCGAGCAGCUGAGGAUACUACUGAUACAGCCAAAGAUAGUGGUGAUUCUCUUGUUCUUAAAAAUAAUGACCAGAAUGAUGUGGAAACCAAAGAUAAUGAUACAGAACAUGUUGAUACCAAUGACGAAGAUGACUAAAUUUAUGGUACAAUUUUUU